CGCGCACAAAAAUGACCUCAUCACCAAUCGCCUCAACAAACAACAUGGCGCCUGUUAUUCAAAUUAACGAGGAGAAGAAAGCCAUAACUUUGUGUCAUUAGGUAAUAUUUUGAAAGUUUUUGUCAGAAGAUGAAGUCGGACGUGGAGGAGUUAAUGCCGAGGCUGCUGCCGGUGGACUGUGGAGAAGAUACCGAAGACCUGGACCUUAGUGGACCACCAAGGAACCCCCAAGAAUAUCUCCGACAGGUCCAGCUGGAGGCAUCACUGUGUCCUGAUGUGGUGGUUGCUAAAAUCGACCCAAAGAAACUGAAGAAGCAAACAGUUAACGUCUCUGUAGCAGGCUGUCUUGCUGCUCCUGUAGGCUUCUCUCCCAGCCUCAGUUGGCAGCAGCACCAAGUCAGUAAUUUUUCGGACGUAAGGCUGAGCAUCACUAAGAACAGGACACACUGGAGUAAUCACACUCUGGAUGACAAUGUACAGAUGCCAAAGCUGACAGAUGAAGAGGGUUGGAAGAGGUUCUGUUUAGGAGAGGCGACUUACCUGGGUCCCUCGUCAUCUGGUCUCACAGACGCAGCCCAGGAGCCAGCACUGGACUACAGCAAGGUUGGAUUUCCUCCCUUGCUAAGCAUCAUUAGCAGAUUCAAUCAGUCCACAGUACUGAUGCUGCUGGACAUCCUAAUCAGUUGGUUUGAAGAAAGAGAAUUUGUCCCACAGCUGGGCCGUUGGUUGUAUGCUCUUUUGGCCUGCUUGGAGAAGCCCCUGCUGCCUGAGGCUCACUCCUCCAUUAGACAGCUGGCUAGGAGAUGCGCCCAGCUUCGGAGCACAAUGAACAGCCAGGACGAUGAAAACCUGCCUGCUCUCAACCUGCUUAUCUGUCUAGUUGCAAGAUACUUUGAGCAGGUUGAUCUUGCAGACCGUCCAGAGUGAGAUAAAAGCCGAACUGUUGACUGAUUUUACCCUCAAGACCACAUGUGCAAAAUGGAUCAGAAGACGUUUUACUCAUUAUCCAACCAGAGUCUACAGAAGAACAUUCAAA